AUGGCGCCCUUGAUCCCGCUUCCCCGCACUGUUAUCAUCGACUACUAUGACUCUUACACCAACAACCUCUUAAUUCUCUUUGCGCAGCUCUACUCUGACGCGGACGUGCUCCGCAAGGUUGUCGUGAUCAAGAGCGACAAGUAUGACUGGGCGACGUUCAAGCGCGACGUCCUCCCAAACACCGACUGCGUUAUCCUCUCCCCAGGCCCCGGGCGGCCGGACAACCCGACCGACAUCGGGUUCGCACUCGAGCUACUGCGGGCACACCCUGUUCCGAUCCUAGGUGUGUGUCUCGGUCUCCAGGCCAUGGCUGUGGCCUUUGGCGGUUCAAUUGUCAACACGCCCAGGAUUACUCAUGGACACGAGGUGCGCAUCGUUCCAGUAUCACCAGCGCUGGGCCUCUUCAGCGCCCCCGAGUUCCCAGAAGAAGCGCGGAGCGGCUUUGACGCGGUCGUGUACAACUCGCUCGCUGUUGGCGACGUCCCGCCCGAGCUCGUGGUAACAGCCUGGUCUGAUCCGCGCAACGGGAGCGCACCGACCAUCCAGGGCCUUAUGCACAAGGAGCACCCCAUCUGGGGCGUGCAGUACCAUCCUGAGUCCAUCUCGUCGACGCGUGGUGCCGACCUCCUCCGCGCUUUUGUGGGCAAGGUUCACGCGCAUUAUGGUGCUCCCCCAGUUUUCCCCCGCCUCGAACACCAGCUCGUCAAGGCCUGCACCUACCGCGUUGCUGCGAGUGCGAGUGCCGCGCCUACACGCGCCCCGUCGCCCACCGGCCCGGGAUUGGCGCAAUACACGCUCUGUGAACGGAAGCUGGAUGGCGGAACUGAUCGACAAACUGCCGAGGUCUACGAGCGCAUCGUGCGCUCUGAUACAUCCCGCGUUGGCGAGAUCUGGUUGGACGGGAAGAGCCCUUCGCGCCCGACGACAACGUCGCUCGGCGCACCCCGCUUUGUGAUCACAUACUGCCUCGGCACGCGCACCGUCUCGCUUCGCACACCCAGUGGUGUGGAAGCAGUGCGCCUCCCGCGCGACGACACGUUUUUCUCAUGGCUCAACGACGCGCAGGUGUCUUUGCAGGGGCGGACAGCGGGCGCAGCGGGCGGGUUCCGCGGUGGCUGGGUCGGCUGGUUCACGUACGAGAUGAAGGAGGAGAGCUUGGCAGGAUACCGUGGCCCUGCGUGCGAUGGCGAGCGCGUCGACGCUGUGUGGGCAUGGGUUGACACGCUGGUCGAGCGCGCAGAGGACGGGUCGUGGACUGUUCGUGGCGUGGUAUCUGACGGCGGUGCUACCGGAGGCAGCGAGUUGCUCGACUGGCUGGCACGGUGUGGCGUAUCGUUGGGCACAUCUGCGGCGGGCUUGGACGCCUACACCAGGGGUGUCGAAGAGGUGUUGGCUUCGUCGCCCAUUGAGGGUGUCACGCCAACCGCGGGCUUCCCCACGUUCCGCCCGCGGAUUAGCGGCGAGGCACACAUGGCGCGCAUCGAUGCGUGUCGCGAGGCGAUUCGGCAAGGCGAGAGUUACGAGCUGAACCAGACCAUGUCGUUCCUCGCCUCACUCGACCCAGCCGACGCGUACGCGACAUACCUCCGCCUGCGGUUGUUCAACCCAGCCUACUACUCGACAUUUAUGAGCUUCCCGUCCAUCCCAACGCCAAAGGGAAUGGGGCUGCAUGUCAUCUCCUCGUCACCAGAGCGGUUCUUGCAGAUCACGGGCGGCGAGAUUGAGAUGCGCCCAAUCAAAGGCACGGCGCGGCGCGUGCAGCCUGGCCAGUGCGUGUGUGUCGAGGGCCGGGGUUGUGGUGCAGUCGAGAAGGGAAACGCAGCGUGUAUCGAGGAGGGCAAGCGGGUGGACUUUGAGCGCGGCCGCGCCCUGAGCCAAGACAAGAAGGAGCGCGCCGAGAACUUGAUGAUUGUCGACUUGAUCCGCUCGGACCUGCUCUCAUGCUGCGUCCCCUCGACGGUGGUUGUCCCACAACUCAUCGCGCUGGAGAGCUACGGCGUACACAACCUCGUGACUACGGUUCGCGGGCGGUUGGCAGAACACGUCGGGCCGGUCGAGGCGACCAAGCGUUGUUUCCCGCCGGGGAGCAUGACGGGCGCGCCCAAGUUGCGGACUGUGCAGCUCCUGGAUGACUUUGAGGAGCGGUAUCCCCGCGGGAUUUACUCGGGUGCACUGGGGUAUUUCUCGCUGUGUGGGAGUGCGGAUUUGAGUGUUGUUAUUCGGACGAUGGUGCUGGAGGGCAAUGACCUCAGCAUUGGCGCGGGCGGGGCCAUCACAUGGCUCUCGGACCGCCAGGAAGAAUGGAUCGAGGUGCUCACAAAGGUGCAGAGCGUAGUCGGCCCUUUGGGAGUAUAG